AACCCAACUCCCUUUCUCCUCUCCCUCCCUCAAUAUAACAGUAACGUCCCCUACCCACUAGACAGUUUAGUGGGAGAGAGAACGAACGAUAGAGUUACAAGAAGUCAUUUCGAUGUCAGAAAAUCUCUGCCUUCUCUCCUCUACUUGUUAAUUCUGAAGAACCCUCUUUUUUUUUUCUUUUUUUUCUUUUUUUGGUAAUUUCUGAAGAACCCACACCAUAGAAUACAACCUUUACGAUGGAAAGCCUACUCUGCGACGAGGACUGGCUUAGAAGCCCUGUUCAGCCCUACCCAAUUGACAAGGAUCAUCGUUUAAGAACCACCAAUGUUGUUGAUUCGUUCUAUACCACCAGAGAAGACCGUGAGAAUGCUCUUAAGGUUUGCCUGCAGAAAGAGAUCGGUUACUUACCGGAAUCUGGAUACGUUGAUCGUCUCCAAUCCUUGGAUUUAAUGGCCACCAGGUUCAAAGCCGUUCGAUGGUUCAUUAAGUCUCUGUGCCUUUUUGAUCUGUCUCUUGGAACAGUCUUCAAUGCUGUGAAUUACUUCGAUCGUUUUGUUUCUACAGAGUUUUCCCAGAAAUGGGAGAAUUGGAUGAUUGAAUCAAUGUCUGUUGCAUGUUUAUCGAUCGCUGCCAAGUUCGGAGAGGUAUCAAUCCCUCUGAUUCAGAUAUGGGAAAAUCAUGACGGUUCGUUGAAACCAAGUACCAUCCAACGUAUGGAAUUGAAGGUAUUUAAAGCCCUUGGAUGGCGCCUCAAUUGCGUCACACCUUACUCUUACGUGGAAUUGCUUACGUGUCACCUUGAUUCCCUCCAGCCGCGUCUUCAUGCUGACUUGUCCUCUCGCCUCACCGAACUACUUCUUGCCACUCUUUCAGAUCCGAAGUUUUUGGAGUUCAGGCCUUGCACCAUUGCUGUGUCGGCUUUUAGAUGUAGUCUAGAAGAAGUGUUUCCUUCCAAAGCUGAUAAACAUAUUUCCAGUAUCCAACAUCUCAUCCCUAUAGAGUUCAAGGAGGAUAUGGAGAAAUGCUACAAAGCCAUGGAAGAACGUUUGGCGGAUCCUCUGUAUAAUGGAAUGGUUUGUGAGCAUCCCUAUGGCCCUUCCAGUCCCAUUACUGUAAUCACCAAGGAGACCACCAUGGAUCACCUUGGUCUCUUUGAUCUCCAUCGCUGUUGCCUCAACUUCAACAAUGUCUUUGAUUCAAGUCCCUUAUAUUCCAUAUCCAAUCCAAAGAAACGAAGGAGAGAAGAAGAAGAAGGAUGCAUGGUUUCUUCAUAAUUCAGAUUAUCACCUGUUGUGUGAGUGGCUUGGUAAUAGUAUUGGCCAGAAUCCCAAAAACCCUAUGGUUCCAUCACUUCAACUUCAUGUUUUUCUUUUCUUUUUCUCCCUCAUCUUCUUUUGUAAUGGCUCCCGUUGUCGUUGACUUGUUAUAAUUGUUAUACUAAAGCUUCCAUAAAUUGAUUUGUGAAAUUGAGGACGAAA